AACCAAUCUGUCGUGGUAUUAUCAGGAUUGAAAGCAAGCAAAUUGGAGUGGCUGAACUCAACUGACCACCGCAGCAGAGAAUUCCGUCCCAGCAGAUAUCCACUCACUCCGCACAGCGAUUCCCCGAUUCAUUCACAACACAUGGAUCUUAGGAAUCAAAAAAGAGAAACUGACUCAGGACGUGUACCCAAGUUUUUUUAUUCUUGUCAAAGAAAGAAAACUGAGACCAUAAUAGAGGUGAUAGAAAUUGACCCUGAAGUCGAUUUUGAGAAUCAGGAAGGAGAAUUUGACUCAAGACAUGAAACCAAGAUUGCUGAUGCUCAUCAUAAAAUCAAAACCGAGACUGUAAAAUAUGCGAUAGGAAGUGUUAGUUCAAUUUUUCCUUUUGAUUUGAAUAGUAUUCCUCGGCGACCGCGAACAAAAAUCAAGAGAAAAUUCAAAGGCAAUGUAGCUCUCUCUAGAUCCAAGGAAAAGCUAAAUAGUGGAGACUUUGAUUUCUACUUAGCGAAAAUAUGGAGGAGUUUCUCCGAAGAUAGGAAGAGGUCGUUUACAUACUUGGACAGCUUAUGGUUUGGCCUUUAUAGGAAUGCGAAAUGUAAAGAUAAGGUGCUGAGUUGGAUUAAUAAAAAACAUAUUUUCACAAAGGAAUACGUUUUUGUUCCUAUAGUCUGCUGGGGUCAUUGGAGUCUUCUGAUCUUCUGCCAUUUUGGCGAGAACUUGCAAUCCUUUAGUGGAUCACGUUGCAUGUUAUUGUUGGAUUCUCUUGAAAUGGCGGAUCCAAGAAGGAUUGAACCAGAGAUAAGAAGAUUUGUACAAGACAUUUACAAAGCAGGGGACAGGCCAGAGACUAAGCAUCUUAUAUCUCAAAUUCCAUUUUUAGUGCCCAAGGUGCCACAACAAAAAAAUGAUACGGAUUGUGGGAACUUUGUCCUCUAUUUCAUUAAACUGUUUUUGGAACUCGCACCUGAUAAUUUUAGCAUGGAGGGGUACCCUUACUUUAUGAAAAAAGAUUGGUUCAGCUUCGAAGAAUUGGAUAGUUUUUGUGAGAACUUGGUUCGUUGAAAGGGAUGUCCCCCAAUUUGAGUAGACUGGGCAAACAUACUUCAUUGUUGAUUUUUUUUUUUUUUUGCGCGCAUACAUGGUAAGGGGGAAUUUGUUCAUAUAGAAGGCAGACAUAUCCGGUUCAUUAUCCGGAAGAGACUAGAGAGUACAACUAUCAUAAAUAUGCAGUUCAACUUUAGGUUUUGUUCAGAUUGAUAGGAGCAGUAUAUAUAUAACUUUGUUGAUAAAAAUAGGUCUAAAUUGACAUAUUGUGUUUGUGUGUUCAUUGACAAUAUAAUGAAAUAUGAAUUUGAGUUU